AUGUUACCGUCUUAUAGUGAAGUUGAAUUCUCCCUUUUUAGAUGCGGCAGAACCAUGCACAAAGAAAAUCAGAGUACUAUCUCUGAAUUCUUCCUCCUGGGACUCAUGGUGGGAUCUGAAAAGCAGCAGCUCAUUUUCAUGAUAUUUCUGUGCAUGUAUCUGGUCACCAUGGUGGGAAACAUACUUAUCAUUCUGGCUAUUAUCAGUGAUGCUCACCUCCAUAGCCCCAUGUACUUCUUCCUUGCCAAUCUCUCCUUCACCGACAUCUGCUUCACAACCACUGCAGUCCCCAAAAUGCUAGCAGAUAUGAGAAGCCAAAGCCCAAGCAUCUCCUUUGCAGGAUGUCUUGCACAAAUGUAUUUUUUUAUGCUCCUGGUGGACCUAGAUAAUUUCCUCUUGGCAGCCAUGGCCUAUGACCGGUACAUUGCCAUCUGUCGCCCGCUACAUUAUGCUGCAUUACUGAAUCCCAAGCACUGUGCCCUGUUGGUUGUGACUCCAUGGGUUAUCUCCAACCUUGUCUCAGUGUUGCAUCUCAGUCUGCUGAGCCACAUGACUUUCUGUGAUCAGAGGGCAAUCCCACACUUCUUCUGUGACCUGGAACCCAUUUUAAGACUUGCUUGCUCGGACACCCAAAUCAACAACCUGCUAAUUCUAAUCAUUGGUGGAGUGGUUAUCUUCAUCCCCUUCACCUUUAUUCUUGUCUCCUAUGCGCUUAUUGGCAGCACUGUGCUUGGGGUUCCGUCAGUCAAGGGGAAGUGGAAAACAUUCUCUACAUGUGGCUCCCAUCUCUCUGCUGUGUCUCUCUUCUAUGGAUCCAUCAUUGGGGUCUACUUUCUCCCCUCUUCUACUUACUCAGCACAGAGGGAUAAUGUGGCUGCUGUCAUGUAUACAAUUGUAACCCCCAUGAUGAACCCCUUCAUCUAUAGUCUAAGGAACAAGGACAUGAAAGGAGCACUGAGGAGACUACUCAGCAGACAAAGCUUAUUCUGGAGUCCAUGA